CAAUUUUUCUGGGAGCUAAUGAACCUCAUGCCUAUUUAUCAGGAGAUAUUAUAGAAUGUAUGGCAGCAAGUGACAAUGUUGUUCGUGCAGGAUUGACACCUAUAAAUGCAUGGAUGACCAAUUUUAUGAGACAUGAUGCAAAAGAUUUUGCAAGUGAGAUAUCACUAGCGUUUGUUAGUGGAAAUGAACUAUACCUACCGUUUCAGGAUUUUGACGAAAAUUUAAUACUUCAGGAACAAAGGACGUGUAAAAGAGGCGAUAAAUCAGAGUUUACAAAGUGA